GUGCCUCAGUCGAACGAUGGCUGCGGUGACUGAUGUUUGUGCCGGUCUUAUUAGACACAAAACUGUUUUACUACGAGAAAUAUCCGACACAAACGUAUUAGAUGUUUUAGUAAAAAAAGGAAUUUUCAGUGUAGGUGAUCUUGAGUUGAUAACAAGUGCGCCGGAUGGUGAAAAGUGCAACUACUUCAUUGAAGUUGUUAGUAAACAAAGUGGUGUAAAGUUGGUUGAGUUGUGUUGUGCGUUAGAGAAGGAGUGUCCCAAACUGUCCAAGGAGCUGAAGAAUGAUAAACACAGAUUUAUAGUCAAUGGAUUCCACUCGCUGGAUAGCGCCAAAGAAAAUAUGGUGAUGAGCCAUAAUUUACAUAGAGAAUCUCCCCGUUCACGUCGCUCCGUGUCGCAAUGUUCCUGCAACAGUAUCUCCCGAAGGUCCUCAGCGGCACCGUCACCGAUGAUACUACCGCCGCUCAACAACACCAUGGAGAUGUACGUGGAACCAGUCGUCGAGGAUACAUCAGAGCGCAAUGCCGGCUGGGAGACUCAUCGGGUGCGACUCAACCGCGUUCCAGGUUAUGGGUUUGGUAUCGCUGUGUCGGGGGGGAGGGACAACCCACACUUUGCGAGCGGUGACCCCUCCAUCGCAGUAUCAGACGUGCUUCGUGGUGGACCCGCCGAGGAUAAAUUGCAAGUAAACGACAGGAUAGCCUCCGUCAACGGUGUACCAUUAGAGAACGUUGAGUAUGCACGCGCGGUACAGGUGCUGAGGGAUUCAGGAGCGACAGUCUCGUUGGUGGUACGGAGGCGGGCUCCUGCACCGCCUUCCACCUCAUCCACAGCCGUUAAACUGGCAUUGACUAGGAACGGAAAGAAAGAAGACUUUGGCAUAGUCCUAGGAUGCAAGCUGUAUGUCAAAGAGCUGACGCUCAGAGCGCGGGAACAAGUAAAUCAAGCGGGGCAGAGUCUCUGCGAGGGUGACGUGGUGACACGAAUAAACAACACCGCUGUUACUGACGCGAUGACCCUGAAAGAAGCAAGGAAACUGAUAGAAUCCUGCAAGGACCGCUUGAAUUUAGUCGUCUCCAGGGAGCUGGUCAGAGAGGAGACCGUUACCAACGGGAACUUUCAGAAUAAUUAUAACAGUUUAGAGGCCGGUUCACACAACGUGUACAGCAGCGGUACGGAACCGUUGUCAUCUGCGUAUUCUAGUAGCGGUCAGAACCUUUACGUAGCGGCCCCGGUGCGGACCGAACGCCGCGCCGCGCCCGACAUAGAUCAGCCACCAAGACCGCCACCGCCACGAACCGAAGAUUAUUACAGUAGUAGAAGACAAUUAUACGAAGAUGAAGGAAUGAAUAGUCAAAGAAGUAAACCACCGAAUGAACCAAGGCUGAUCAGCUUCCAGAAAGAAGGUUCCGUAGGUCUGCGAUUGUGUGGUGGAAAUCGAUCUGGGGUUUUUGUGUCCGGAGUACAGCCCACCAGUCCUGCUGCAAUGCAAGGGUUGCAACCUGCUGACAAAAUAUUAAAAGUGAACGAUAUGGAAAUGAAGGGAGUAACCCGCGAGGAAGCCGUCUUAUUCCUAUUAAGUCUUCAGGAGCGCAUUGACUUAAUCGUUCAGCACUCGCCAGACGAAUAUAAUGCAGUUGCUAGUGGGCAGAUGGCAGGCGACUCUUUCCACAUAAAGACUCAUUUUCAUUACACGGAACCGACGGAUAACGAGAUGUCGUUCCGGUGCGGCGAUGUGUUCCACGUGGUGGAUACGUUACAUAAUGGAACUGUUGGAGCAUGGCAGGUCUUCAGGAUAGGUCGUAACAAUCAAGAGGUACAAAAAGGCACGAUACCAAACAAGGCUCGCGCGGAAGAGCUGGCGACGGCGCAGUUCAACGCUACCAAGAAAGAAAUGUCGGGCAACGACGGGAAACAUAACUUCUUCAGGCGGCGCCGCUCCACGCACAGACGCAGCAAGAGUCUUGGCAAGGAACACUGGGACGAGGUGGUGUUAUCGGACAGCAUCAGCAAGUUCCCCGCGUACGAGCGUGUGGUAUUGAAACAGCCGGGGUUCGUGCGGCCCGUCAUAGUACUAGGCGCAGUGGCUGAUGUCGCUCGCGAACGGCUGCUUGCUGAAAGUCCGGAUAAAUUCGGCUCGCCCAAAAUGGACAACUCUUUAGAAGACAGCAAAAACAAAUCUGCCGGUAUCAUACGACUAUCGAGCAUCAGAACAAUUAUGGAGAGGGGUAAACACGCCCUCCUCGACAUCACCCCAAAUGCUGUGGACAGAUUAAACUACGCCCAGUUCUACCCCAUUGUGAUAUUUCUAAAGGCUGAUAACAAACAUAUUAUUAAACAAUUAAGAGCUGGCCUGCCAAAAUCUGCUCACAAAUCCUCAAAGAAACUUCUCGAGCAGUGCCAACACAUGGAGCGCGUGUGGGGUCACGUGUUCACGCACACGAUAACUCUCAGCGAAGCCAAUCAGAACACGUGGUUCACCAAACUGAUGGAACUGGUACAAAGGACCCAGCAGCAACAGCUUUGGGUGUCGGAGACUAAGAGACCCGAGCCGUUGUCCGACGACUUCUUGUUCUCAAUGACAUCGAGCACAGAAAAUAGAUUGUCGUACGCGUCGAGUCCCGAGAGCGACUUGGAAGUCAGCCCUCCGCCGGCACCAAGAUUAGUCAAGUCAUCUUCAGACCCUUCAAUAGCUACCACACAGGACAAUAUGGAUCGGGACGAUGACAUGAACCACAUGGUCGAUGCUGUUCCACCUCCGUACACGCAAGGCGGCUACAGCGAUAGUAAAUACGGCUUCUCCGCAAACACUAACGGCACCAACCACCAAGCUCAACACAUGGCGAAUGACGCACCGUACCAAUGUAACCCUAUGACGCACUCGCCACCACACUCACCGUUGUACGGCACCGUGCCGGAGUUACCACCGCGGGGUACGGUGACCAGGCCGGCUGGUGGAGUAUUGUUACCAGCGCCGCCGCCCGGACGACCGCCACAUACACUCAGACACAAUCCAACAAAUCGGCCAAGUGCACAAGAGCGUUUAUUUGGUCCGCCUAAAGAGGGUGGAAGUGAUGAAACUGCUACGUACACCGCUCGUCCCACCAGUAUGAUCAUCCAGCCGACUCAAGGCCAAGGAUCAUUGGAUAGACACAGGCAUACUUCCAAUCCGCAGAGUUCAUACGAUGGCACACCGUCUUACGAAUACAAUACCAAUAAUGGCUUGGGCAUGGGCCGACUUCCGCCUAACGCACCAGACGACCUCAAGGUGGCGCCACCGUCUGUCAAAAUGGAACCGCCUCCACCGCAGAAUCCAGCCACUAUGGCAACACAAAGUCCGCAACGGAACUCUAACUCGCACGAACACAAUUCACUAGAUUAUAGAAAUUCAGACAAUAGCUAUAGGUCCCCGGAGAACUACAGAAGUCCGCAAUCGAAUCGUCCCCCACCAAUGAACGGCAACAGUCCGCAUACGCCUCUACAUGCGCGUGGGCCGUCACUGCCUAAUGUACCCACUAAUGACCACGCUAAAUACAGCGCGCGGACGAAUUCGGCAUCACAAGCCGAUUACAGCGGACGAGGAGGGGCUCCAGUGCCGCCUUACAAGCCUGUACCACCGCCGAAACCCAAACAUUACAGACCACCAGACAACCAGCACCAUCCCAGGAAUGGGAACAUGGAGCCACCACCAAACGCGGGUCCGCCAGGUCCCGGCUCGCCACACCAAGCCGCACAGGCUGCACAGGCCGCACAAGCACAGGCUGCACAGGCGGCGCGAGGAUACGGACAGCCGCCGCACUACUCCCACCAGCACUCACACUCGCAGCCCUCACACCGUCCGCACACGCACUCUAACUACCAUCAGCAAAAUAUGUAUGGAACUCAAAUGCCUCCCCACUCACCGCCUUACUCUGGCCCGCCAUCACAUCAUCGCGCCAUCAACCUUCCACACAAUCCACAUCUUAUAGAUUUAGCUGGAAGUAGAGAACAACGCGGUUCAGCUUUUGAACUAUAUAGGAAACCACAACACAUGCAUAACAUAAGCUCGUCCGAUGUCAUGAACUCGAGUGCGGAGCGCGACGAGACCUUUUCACCAAAAACUAAAAAGAAAUUAUCCAAAAAGCCAUCGUUUAUUAAAAACGCAGUACUAGAUCUCUUCCGUUCGAAAACGAAAAAUUCGCAGAAAGUGUCUCGACAGAAGUCACUAUGUGAGAGUGACUUACAGCAGAGACCAAUGUAUCAAGCUCCUAUGCUUAGGAGGGAGAAGUCAGAUUUGGGCGAUUUAAGUAUUCACAUGAGAAAUACACAAAUUCGAAAUCAGAUGUUGCACCGAAGCAACUCAUCAUCAUGUGAGAAGCCCGUUUUAAAGCCUAUUCUAAAAAGGCAAAGCUCAUUUUGUGAUGACAGAAACGGAUCCAUUUGUACAGUUAGAGAUUACGACGCUAAGCCUGUCAUCAAAAGUCUGAGAAGACAAAAUUCUAUGUGUGACAUUGAAACCGAGCCUAAAGUUACCCCAUUGUUACGUAGACAGAAUUCUCUUAUUGAUUAUAAUAGGAGAGGGAUUUAUGGUCAGACAAGCAAUUUUAAUAUGAUUACCAAAAUUGAUCCAAUCUACCAAAGACAACAACAAAUAAAACAUGAACCCUUUCAUCCUACACAACCACUACCUCCAGAACCAAUAUACCAAAGUAAAGACCAUAUUAUUUAUGAUCCAAUUCCAAAGCCAAGAAGGACUUACACUUCUGUAUAUGAUACAUCAAGUGAAAAUCCAUAUGCUAGUAGAUCUGAAGUUUCAAUUCAUAGUUAUGAAAACCCUUACGGCAAUCAUCAAACAGUGGCAAUGCCUUUACUUGAUCCCCCUUAUGCUACCAAAGCAGAGUGUAUACGGGAAAGUCCCUAUGUUACAAGACAUGAAAUGAAAACAGAAAACCCAUAUACAACGAAACAAGAAGUGAUGAGGCAAUCUGAAUCUUUUUAUAGCGAAUCUCCAUACUCUAGUAAAGAGCAAAUGACAAGGCAAAGAAAUGUGUCUGAAAGUCCGUAUUCGACAAAGGAAGAAAUGUUACGUCAAAGAUUUUCUGAAUCACCUUACAAUACAAAAGAUGAAUUAUUAAAACAAAGAAUGGAUGGUUCUUUUACAUGUAAAGAACCUAUUUAUGGAAGAAAAACGUAUGAUCCACCACCUAGUACAUCAUGGUCUGAAAGCUCAUAUGCAAUAAGACCCGAUAGAAGGCUACAAACUCCUGUAAGUUUUCCGGGCAGGAUUUCCCCUAUGAGUAAAUGUAUGAGUGAACCUCCAUACGCUACAAGAACAGAAAUGCUAGAAAGAAUAAACCAGACAGAGUCACCAUAUGCCACAAGAUCUGAAGUGAAAUCCAGUUGUUCUGAUACUCACUAUAGUUCUUCGCAUGAUAUGCCUGAAUUCAGACAGGAAAUACGGCCAGCUUCUGCAGAAUGCACUUAUGUAUCAAAACAGGAAAUUUUGUCACAAAAAGCGGCUCUAUUGGCUAGCAAAGAGUCUAGUUAUGGUAUUAGAUUAGAAGAAAAAUUGGAAAUAAUAAAACAAAGAAAUCAAGCAAAGAAAGAUAUGAUCUAUCAAACACGAAAAGAAUCGAACGAAAGUGAUUCAGCAAAAAUAAGAGAGCCACUCUACGUAUCAAAAAGAGAAUUAAAAGACAGUGUUAUUUACGAAUCCCACCAAGAAACAAAAGAACCACCCCAAAUAGUUGAUCAGGAUAGUAGUGAGCGAAGUAGUCCUUAUGAAUUAAGUGACGCUAAUCACUUAUCUCGCAGAGAACCAGUAUAUCAAUCAAAAUCUGAAGUACAAGGCAAGACCCCAUCGAUAGAAAAUGAAACAUUCCAAGAGAUAGACUUCUCCAAGUUAAGAUUAACUGACUCAAAAACAGACGCAGAAAAAGAAAAAUCGCUAAAUAACGACGCCAAUGUCUUGAUAGGUGAACCGAUGUAUGCCCCAAGGUUACAUGGUAAAGCAGAUCACAUUUCUAAUGCUCUGAAAGUCACAACUUCUCCUAUUCCAUAUGAAUCUACUACAUCAAUGGAAACUCAUUACGCGUCUGAAUGUAGCAUGAAUUUUGAAAAUAAACCACAGAGCACCCCAUAUACAUCUCAAGAUUUAAAUGAACGAUCCUUAAAGCCUAAUAGAACUGUAACUUUUUGUGAAAAAAUCCUUGAGAAAAGUCCAGAGUCUAGCCAAGAGAAUUCGGAAAAUCUGUCUAAUAGUCAGAAUGAUACUACGGUUAUUAAUCAGAACACAACUGUACAGGCGACAUCAUCUGAAGAGAAUGAGCCUGGCAAUAAAACUGAUGAAGUUGAGCCUGACGGGCCUCAUACUACUUGGGGUAUAUUCGAUAGCGAAGGUGGCAUUUUAGAAGACAGACAAUGGGGUGUAUCUUUAAUUAUUCCUCCCAAAGCAAUUGCGCCAGGAAUCAAGCAAAAGAUAUAUUUUACGGUGUCAGAUCCAAGGCUCAGCCAACGAGUGGGGGGACCUCCGAUCGAUAUGGACAACGGUGAAGCGAUGCUGUCCCCACUAGUUAUGUGUGGUCCACAAGGUCUGGUAUUCCUGAGACCGGUGACACUUCGUCUGCCGCACUGUGCCAACGCCGUACCUUCCCUGGGCUUGACUAUCAAGGCCACCGACACCGAGGCACAUCUCAGCACUGACUGGGAUCAGAUACACCUUCCUGCAACGACUACUCUUAACACUGUUGCCGUUAAAGUAGAUCAUUUUUAAUAUAAAUUUAAAGUUAAUAUAAGUCGUCUUAAGACUUAAUUACUCAUAUUGUGGUCAGUAGACAAGCACACACAAAAUAUUGUAAGAAAAUAAGAUUAAUGUAAAGUAAAAUAAAUUAAACUAACAACAGCUUAAAAUUUAAUUCAAUUUCUUAAUUUUAUCAUGGUUUAUUUUAAAACUCUCGUCUUAAAGACGAUUUCACAUUUUAUUAGGUAAUAAUAUGUUUAAUACACCAUAAGUUAAUAGAAAAAAAUAUUCAAAAGAUUUAAAUAAAAUGUAUAUGAACUAUUUAAUGGCGUUGGUAACAUCAAGCUUAAUUUCACAAUAUUUUAAUAUUGCCUUCAUACCCACCUAAAAAUAUAUUAAAUAUUUUGCCUUUGGUAAGUUAGUGGUGCUAAACAGUAACAAUACACGAAUGUUAUUAAAAAUAUAUAUAACGUACACUUAAAAAAA